GAUCAAAUAGACAGUCACAGUCGUUCUCGCUCGGUAUAGAUAUCUCCAACAGACAGCUCUCUCCGUCAAGACGCCCCUCAGCCGCCACGUUUUUCACUGCAACGGUCACCCCGGUAAGCGCCGCGUCCACGCCAGGGCGCGCGCAGUGGAAUGUCAAUGGCGGGUUACAAGACAUCGCAAUACCACCAUGAUUCAGACCCGGAAGACGACUAUCUCCAUCCGUCAUAUCACUCGCCCACUCUGCCGCGAUCUCAACUUCAGGACGACGAUCUUGACGACGACGACAUGACGACCAGUGCUGAGCACACGCCCACGACCUUCAGCCACUCGCUUUCGCACUCCCUCAACCCAAGUCCGACCGGUCUUAUCACUCAAUGGACUGCUGAACAAGUCGCCGACUGGGUCGCUGCUCUGGGCUUGACGCAGUAUGCAGAUGCCUUUGUCGACGAGGCCAUCACCGGACUUGCUCUCGUCGAGAUGCAGCACCACGACUUCAAAGAGAUGGGCAUUAUGAGUGUCGGACACCGCUUGUCUCUGCUUAGAGGCGUAUACGACAUCAAGAUCAAGCAGAAUGUACCUUUGGACCCGGACCAUUACGUGCCUUUGUCUGCCGGAGACAACGCCUCGGAUAUGACGGCUACGCAAGACGACAUCGCACGUAUCAUCGAGUCUAUCCGUAUCCGCGACUCACGUAUUCUAUCAGCCGAGAUUGAGCUCCGAACUCUGCGUGAUCACUUUGACCGCAUUUCAGAAGAGAACAGGAAGUUGCGCGAGGAUACUCUGCCCGUGAUUCGCAUGGUCAAGGACCGCUCUCAACUACCACCCACUCCAGCAGACGGACUUGGCACCCCUCCAGCAGACAUCAAGCCUGAGAAAAGCAGCGGCUUGUCACGCAAGUUCUCGACCAAGAAGCUAUUCCUUGGAGGUGCACCCAAGAAUCCUUCGCCUACAAUUCACGAAUCGUCUACUUUGGAUCCUUCAGCUGCUGCAAUGGCUGCAACAUCUCACCUGAAUCCCUCACUCGGCCAGAACUCGCCCAAUCAACUGCUCCCACAACCAUCACCCACAUCUCCUGCAUACACCUCUUCCGCGCAAGCAAUGUCUGCUGGCAACCGCUCGUUCCCACGCGACGUACCACCCUCAGCUCGUCCCUCCUACAUCGAAGACCCACGCCAGUCUCACGUUUCGCACGCUCCUUCGACAACAGCACCAUCAAGCCGUAGACCAGCAGCAACAUCAGCACCGACGCAGGAAGAUCCGCCAAACAGUGCUCCACUCCCACGCUCAGCUCGAGAGAAAGACAAUCCACAAGUGGAAAUAUUCAAAUCCUUCCGUGUUAGCAUCGAAGAUCCCUGCCACAAAGUCCUACCCGUAGCUCUCCAACGCUAUAACAUCAACGACGAUUGGCGCCAAUAUUCCCUUUACAUUGUCUACGGCGAUCAAGAACGCUGUCUAGGUCUGGAAGAAAAACCACUCAUGCUGUUCAAACAACUCGAACGCGAAGGCGGGAAACCAAUGUUCAUGCUCCGCAAACACGCCGCGCCAGUAGGUGAAGGCUGGUCUGCCAACCGCACCGUCCCUGCCUCCGAAAUGCAAAACUUAGGUCCAAGCCGUGAGAGCGUCAGGAGAGAAAACGCCGAUGGUGGACGAGCGUUACCUGGAGGCGUGCUUUAGGCGAGUACACCUCUUUCUAGGUUGAUGCGGGAUUUUGUCGGUUUCCAUCAUGGUGGUGCGAAGGUCUCGGGCAGGAAAUUGUGGUAUUAUACUACGCAGCAGAUUUCUGAACAUGCUUUGAAACAUGGUGUGGAGCUUGAUCUAGACGAGUUGAUGGGGAGGAAGAAGAAGCAGAAGAAGGCGCUGUUGGAGAGAAGAGGAUUGCUUGAGAUGGACGUUAAAAUCCCAAGAUAAGGCCUUUUUCUUUUUCUUCAUCGAGUCGGUUGUGUUUCUUUUUCAUGUUGGAAGUAGAUGUGAGAAUGUUCUCGGUCUCUUGAUCCUUGUACUUCAGGCGUCUUCAAGAAUGGCCAUGCUGGACUCUGCGGCAUGUAGUGUGGCAGGAAUGUUCUGUCCAGGGGUGUCUAUGAUAUCGAUCUUGUUUGAUCUCUUACUUUUGAUCUCUGUUCCUCCUUCUAAUCUCGUAUAUAUGUUCGUAUCUGUGCGAGGCACCUACCAG